AUGUGCAAAUCAAAAUCUGCCUUCACCUGGAGUCAGCCUUCAUUUGAGGAGGUCACCACUUGCCUGUCUUCCCCCGACUCCGUCUGCCGAGUCUACCGGACCUUUGGGGAAUCCUACCUGUGCCUGCUGCAUCUUGGUUUUGAAGAGCUACCACUUGUGCAUCCCACCACUUAUGCAUCCCAUCACAUGGAGAUCUGUGGUUUUAUGGCCUGGUUGUCAUCUGGAGCCAUCUUUGGGGAGCUACAGCCUGUGCCUCUAGCAUUUGGAAAUGAGUCUACCUUCACCUGGAGCCAGUUUUGGGAGUUCAAGCUUUCAUUGCCUUUGGGAAAUUUAACCACCAGAGCUUUCAUUGCCUUUUGGGAAUUUCACCACCAGUGCCUGCAUCGCCUUUUGGGAAUUACCAUCAGUGCCUAUAUCACCUUUGGGGAAUUUAACCACCAGAGCCUGCCUCGCCUUUUGGGAAUUACCACCAGUGCCUGCAUUGCCUUUUGGGAAUUACCAUCAGUGCUUGCAUUAUCUUUUGGGAAUUUCACCACCAGUGCCUGCCUCGCCUUUUGGGAAUUACCACCAGUGCCUAUAUCACCUUUGGGGAAUUUAACCACCAGAGCCUGCCUCGCCUUUUGGGUAUUACCACCAGUGCCUGCAUUGCCUUUUGGGAAUUACCAUCAGUGCUUGCAUUAUCUUUUGGGAAUUUCACCACCAGUGCCUGCAUUGCCUUUUGGGAAUUACCAUCAGUGCCUGCAUUAUCUUUUGGGAAUUUCACCACCAGUGCCUGCAUUAUCUUUUGGGAAUUUCACCACCAGGGCCUGCCUCGCCUUUUGGGAAUUACCACCAGUGCCUAUAUCACCUUUGGGGAAUUUAACCACCAGAGCCUGCAUCGCCUUUUGGGAAUUACCACCAGUGCCUAUAUCACCUUUGGGGAAUUUAACCACCAGAGCCUGCAUCGCCUUUUGGGAAUUACCACCAGUGCCUGCAUUAUCUUUUGGGAAUUUCACCACCAGUGCCUGCAUUGCCUUUUGGGAAUUACCACCAGAGCCUGCAUCCCCUUUGGGGAAUUAUUUUGUGCUUCUAUCUGAAGUCAUCUUUUUGGGGGGAGUGGGGGGAAUAAUAGCUUUAGUCUCCUUGCCUUUAGGCUGUUACCACUUAUACCAGUCUCCUUUUGGAAAGUUAAAGCCUGAGUCUCCCACUUUUAAGAAGGCACAAGCUGUACUUGGGGGGAGGAGGAAUACAGCCUGUGCCAGCUUCUUUUGGGGGGUUACAGACUGAUCCUUCAUCUUUGGAAAGAUGCAUCCUGGGCCUCCUCUGCCCAAAGGAGUCUCUGCCUCUAUCUCUGUCUAAAGACAGAAAUUACAUCUUCCUCAAAUCAUCUUACCUCUUCGUGAAACGUCCUCAACUACCUUUGCUUUCACUAAGAAGAUUUCAAGUUUUAUCUCCAUCCUAAGGGACUAGCCAUUCUUCCCAAAAUGCAGUGCUGAAUGAGAACUGAACAUCGGAUCUCAGAUGGGACCUGAGGAAGGGCAGACAUGGACCAGAAUCCUCCAAAAGAAUAAGGUGUGGGAAGUUGAACUGUGUCCCACUGGAGGGGGUAUACCAUCAUGAACCCGGGGGGCCACUGAAGGACAGAAACAACCCAAAAAACAGAGCCGGGAGUACACUUUGCAAAGCCUUCGGAUCCCAGUGGCCCUCGUGGAUCAGUUUCCAAAAGAGCUACAGCUCCCACAACAGGACCAGAAGGCCUGGCUGGCUUACCAUCUCUUACUGCUACUGGCCGACCCAACUACCGAUACCCUCUGGCCACAUCUAUUAAGUAUCAGUCUUGUAAAACUCAGCUUCUCUCUGGGUCAUUCUUUCUGGCAGCAUGAGGAGUCUGUGACAGUGAUAUUCCACAGGUUGGCCCCGUGGAAUAGAAGCUUCUGGAAGAGUAUUAGCCUUCCCUUUUUGUCUUUGUAGCUCUAAAAGUUGGCACUGAAUAUGUGUAAGAGAUGCCUGUUUAACUGAAUUACAUUAUUAAAUUCAUUGUUUUUGUUUUUAUCAGACACUUAAAAAGUAUGGCAAUAAAUUUCCUAAUGCAGCAAAACAA